UCGACAGGUGGUACGAGCGCGGCCUCGCCUGGUACCGGAGCCUGAUGCCACGCACCCUGGACGGGCAGAUCACCAUAGAGAAGACUCCCAGCUACUUCGUGACUCUCGAGGCCCCUCGCCGAAUCCACAGCAUGUCCCCGGACACGAAGCUGAUCGUGGUGGUUCGCAACCCCGUGACCCGGGCCAUCUCCGAUUACGCCCAGACGCUCUCCAAGACCCCGGGCCUGCCCAGCUUCCGAGCCCUGGCCUUCCGCCACGGCCUGGGCCCCGUGGACACGGCCUGGAGUGCUGUGCGCAUCGGCCUCUACGCCCAGCACCUGGACAACUGGCUUCGAUACUUCCCUCUGUCCCACUUCCUGUUUGUCAGCGGCGAGCGCCUGGUCAGUGACCCGGCUGGAGAAGUUGGCCGAGUGCAGGACUUCCUGGGCCUCAAAAGGGUCGUCACGGACAAGCACUUCUACUUCAAUGCCACCAAGGGCUUCCCCUGCCUCAAGAAGGCCCAGGGGAGCAGCCGCCCCCGCUGCCUGGGCAAGUCCAAGGGCCGGCCCCACCCCCGGGUGCCCGAGGCAGUGGUCCAGCGUCUGCGGGACUUCUACCAGCCCUUCAACCGCAAGUUCUACCAGAUGAUCGGCCAGGACUUUGGCUGGGACUGAGAGGCCAGGCCAGUCCACGCCCUGUCUGGGGAUACUCAGUAACCUUAAUUUAUGCCUGUCACCCAGCCAAAGCAGGCUGUGUGCACAUGCUGGGUAGAGAGAACUAUUUAAGAAAUAAAGUUUGGAACUGUGUUCUUCCA